AUGCCUCCCAAAGAUAAGAUCGUGAUCGACAUAUCCAGUGACUCAGAUACCGAUGUCACAACUGGCAGUUCUAGAAAUGCAGACAACAAGUUGUCUCUCACGGAACUACCAGCUUCAAAGCCAUUCAGCAAUCUUCAGAUGAGAGACUUCAAGUACUCAAAUCCUGAAACGUUAUCCAAGAAACCGAAUUAUCAUACCCUUAGUUGGAGCCAAGGCCGGACAACGAAAUUUCGACUCGACUCUGAACCUAGCACUGGAAAUCAAAGAGCACAACUAGCCUCCACAAGUGGUGGCAUGGUUUCCACUUCUGGAUUCCUUGUUUCUAAGAAUGGAAUUAAACUCGCAGAGCACCUGCUCAAAGAACAACAAAAACGAGAACAAGUUGAUGAUGAUGACUGGUCUGGAAGCGGCAUUUCUGAAAUUAUGCUGAAUAUGAUGAGGGAUUUUGAUCGGGAUAUUUUCCAGAAAACCGUUAGUCCAUACAACAAAUGGGCAUAUAUUGAAGGGCUUGCGUCCUUCUUGACUUUUGGAGAGUUGAUUAAUUGGGCUAUGUGCGACGACAGCUCUCGUAUCGAAGCUAUAGUUAACGAGUUUGGGACUAUGCUUCUAACAUCUCUCGAAAUGCUUUCCGAGCACAAUCUUUUCGCUGCGAAUUCUACGGUGAAGAAUAUCCCCGUCAUCUUGCUGCUUAUCUUCAGAUUUUUGAAAGAAUGGGAAGAGCUAGGUUACGAGAUCGGAUGGCCGUGCGAGGUAAUCCGCCUCUGUGACGAAGCGGGCAUAGACUUGGUACAAGUUAUCCAACAUACGAGUGAGAAGAUCAAGAUACAAGAAGGGAAACUCCACGCGUGGAGACUCGAAUAUCAGAGGAAACAAACUGGAUGUACUUUCGCCGAAUCCCAGCCUUUCAAUGGGAACGGGUACAUGUACUGGGCUAGCAAGCAGGAUUGGCAACCAAAACAAGAUGGUCUGCACUUGUUCAAGGAAUUUUACCAGCCUGAUGAUCCCGCAAAUGGUCGGGAGGAGGAUGGAAAAAGAAAUUGGUUUCGCUGGGAUUGGAAACUGGAGUACUCAGAAUUCAAGACAAAAUAUCUUGGCGGUACCCGUUAUGUUUUAAACAGAGGAGUUAGAAGAUGA